AUGUAAUUAAUAGCUGUGUUGAUUGCUGCAUACAAUCCAGUUGAAAAGAAAGUUAUUAUGCUGACUCGAUAUUAUGAAUUGAACUCGGUAGGAAUAUUCUAUAGAAACACUGUGAAGGAUUCCAUGAAGUUUGUGUGUAGAGAAUCAGUGAUUGGUUUAGACAAAGGAACUAGGUAAUUAAUAAAAUGAUUUUAAGACAUUCAGUGAUGCAUGAGGAUAAAUAUUGCCACAUAUAAAUGGGUUAUGGAAGUGAUAAAGUAGGAGCUUACGCAUUUUGUGAUUAAGACUAUCCAAAAAGAAUAGCAUUUGCAUUUUUAAAUGCAGUUUUACAAGCAUUUUAGAAGAAAGUAGGAGAUGAUUGGAAAAAGUACAAAGAAGAUGAAAGCAUAGAAGUUCCAGAAAUUAAGCAAGUACUCAUUUGAUGUUUACAAUAAGUUAUUCUAAGAGUAUUAAGAUCCAAAGAAUGUCGAUAAAGUACUACUUGCAUAAACUAAAGUUGAUGAAACCAAUAUCAUAUUGCAUGAGAACAUAAAAAAACUGUUGGAACGAUAAGGUGAUUUGGAUUCAUUAGUUGCUAAGAGUAAUGAUUUAUCAGCUGGUGCUAAAAUGUUCUAUAAAUAAUCUAAAGAUAUGAAUAAAAAGAGCUGCUGCGAAAUUUUUUGAAUUUUUCAUAUAUUGAAAAGA